AGGUGCUUUACCGGGACCAGAUGCUGAAGAAUCACCAAGCCCUCGUUUCCCUGGGAUAUCGAGGUCCCACACCUGACUUAAUCAGCAGCAUUGAGCGAGGACAGGUGGAGCUUGGGGAAUGUGAUGAAGAGGACAAUGGGGAAAUCUUAAAGUCAGAGGAUGUGCUGCCAGGAGAUGCCUGCCUGCUGAGCAGAGCUGAGGAGCAGCCUCCUGUGGAAGGGUCUGCAGCCCUGGAGCCAGCACAGAUUUCCCCAGGGAGUUUGGGUGAGAUGGACUCCCUGAGACCUGAGAUGGAGCCAUGCCACAAGACUCAGGGGAGGUCCCAAAAGCAGAAGGAGAAUGUAGCCAUGAGCCAGGACUGGUGCAUCCACCUAGGGAGGAAGACACAUCACUGCACUGAGUGCAGAAAAAACUUCACCUGCUUGCAAGACCUGUCCAAGCAUGUGUGUGUGCAGCACUGCUGCACGCAGUGUGGGAAGAGAUUCAGGCAGCUCUCCGACCUGGCGAGGCACUGGUGCAUGCACACAAAGGAGAAGCCACAUCAGUGCUCAGAGUGUGGGAAGAACUUCACUCACUCCUCCAGCCUGGCUAGGCACCAGCGUAUCCACACCGGGGAAAAGCCACAUCAGUGCUCAGAGUGCGGAAAGAGUUUCACUCAGACCUCCAGCCUGGGCAAGCAUCAGCGUAUCCACACAGGGGAGAAGCCACAUCAGUGCUCGGAGUGUGGGAAGAGCUUCACUCAGGCCUCCAGCCUGGCUCUGCACAAGAUUAUCCACACAGGGGAGAAGCCAUAUUGGUGCUCAGAGUGUGGGAAGAGCUUCAAUCACUCCGCCAACCUGGCUCGGCACCGGAGAAUCCACAUGGGGCAGAAGCCAUAUCAGUGCUCAGAGUGUGGGAAGAGCUUCAAUCACUCCGCCAACCUGGCUCGGCACCGGAGAAUCCACAUGGGGCAGAAGCCAUAUCAGUGCUCAGAGUGUGGGAAGAGCUUCAAUCACUCCGCCAACCUGGCUCGGCACCGGAGAAUCCACAUGGGGCAGAAGCCAUAUCAGUGCUCAGAGUGUGGGAAGAGCUUCAAUCACUCCGCCAACCUGGCUCGGCACCGGAGAAUCCACAUGGGGCAGAAGCCAUAUCAGUGCUCAGAGUGUGGGAAGAGCUUUGCUAACUCCGUUAGGCUGGUUCAGCACCAGCAUAUCCACACUGGGGAGAAGCCAUAUUGGUGCUCAGAGUGUGGGAAGAGCUUCAGUCACUCCGCCAACUUGGCUCGGCACCGGCGUAUCCACACAGGGGAGAAGCCACAUCAGUGCUCACAGUGUGGGAAGAGCUUCUCUCAGUUCUCACACCUGGCUCAGCACCAGUUUAUUCACAUGAGGGAGAAGCCAUAAUAGUGCUCAGAGUGGGAAGAAUUUCAUCUAAUGUUCCACCUGUCCCAGCACCACCAUACCCACACAGAGGAGAAACCACAUCUGUGCUCGGAGAGUGGGAAGUGCUUCCUCCACUCCUCCAAACUGGCCCAACACAAGUGUACCCCUGUGCAGGAAUAUCCAUAAUUCUGCCAGCAAUACAGAAAGGUUUUGGGAAUGUAUACCGGCUCAGUACCCACCAAUGUCUGCAUCCAGAGAUGCAGUCUCAUAUUGGUAGGCUCCAGCUACAGUUCACCCUUUGUUCAGCCUUUCUAGGGCACUGCAAAACCCAAAGGGCACAGAGGCUGGCCUCCCAGGUUUGAUGCGGGUGAAGGGUUAAAAGGAAACAUCUCGGGCAGAGGCCAGGACAGAUACUGGGGGAACCUGUGAGGAGAUUGUGGAAGAAUACCAUCUAUGUCUCUCCCCAUUUCUGAGGAAGGUGGGAAACCUGUGCUCUCUGCCUACAUGGCUGGCAUCACAUACCUGGGUGGGGGGCUUAAGCUCCCUAUUGUUCCAAGCAAUACUAACAUGACUGGGAGGGAGUUAGAGCCACUGGAAGUCCCUCCUCUUACCCCUAGAAGUAGUCCUUUGGGAAGGGGGCAACCAGUGAUGCAUUUCAAAUUGGUUGGCUGGCAGCCAGCAGUUGCUGGCCUUCAUUGGAUCAGGUAAAUGAGGUCGUAAGUUCUAUAUAAGUUAUGGACUGCUUAGGAGAAGGGGCAGUAGCCAUGAUGAGAACUGAGAGAGAAUCUGGACCAUCUGAAACUCUCUUGAACCUAAUGAUCAAUG